GGACUUUCUCACUGAAUGUCUAUUUCCAUCGCCCACGCGCCCAUAUGAACUGCCGUGGGAGCAGAAAACCAUUUGGGCCAUCGUAUUCGGCCUGAUGAUGUUCGUGGCCAUUGCGGGCAAUGGCAUUGUGCUGUGGAUUGUUACAGGACAUCGCAGCAUGCGCACGGUCACAAAUUAUUUCCUGCUGAACCUGAGCAUCGCUGACCUGCUAAUGUCCUCAUUGAAUUGUGUCUUCAACUUUAUAUUCAUGGUGAACUCGGAUUGGCCAUUUGGCUCGAUUUAUUGCACCAUCAACAAUUUUGUGGCCAACGUAACGGUUUCAACAUCGGUCUUUACCCUGGUCGCCAUCUCGUUCGACAGAUAUAUUGCCAUAGUCCACCCCCUGAAACGGCGCACGUCGCGUCGCAAGGUGCGUUUUAUUCUCAUCCUGAUUUGGGCACUGAGCUGUGUCCUUUCCGCCCCCUGCCUGCUCUACUCCAGCAUCAUGACAAAGCAGUAAGUGAAGUGCUUCCACGAUUUACAUAUACACGUAUAUAUGACCUUGCCUUGGCUUUGCAAAGUCAGCGCAGGGCCGGCAGUCUCAGCUGAAUAUUUUGUUUACUCUCCGGCAGUAAUAAACAUAAAGAACUUUGUAAGACGAAAGUUCAAGAUACUUUUCACGUAGAUACUUUCACACACAGAACACCACCCGCAGCUCAAUCGCUCGCUGUGGACUUUGAGCAUAUUUUCAUCGAUUCACUGAUACUCCAGGAUGUUAUAAUAGGUCUCAGCUACUCCCACUCCCAUUGUCAUUGCCAUUGCCAUUGCUCAAAUAUAUUGCAUUAGCUAACGUUAUGAGCACCUGAAGCUCAACAAGGCUCCUGCUGACUUCACAUUCAUUUGAAUUUUACGCAAAUUCGCACAUUCAAUGAACGAAAUGGCACGUUCGCUUAAUAGAAUUGAAGCUUUUAGACUUGUAUGACUAAGUGAUUGACGGAC